CGCUCGCGUCCAAGAAACACUGCUUUUCCUCGUCUGCCUCUUAGUCACCGCCGCAGCGACCCGUUCCCACCCGUCCGGUCUCGCUCAGGGGUGUAGGCAACGGAGUCAACGUGAGCUACUCCAUAAAAAGAACCGGUUUUUAAAGUGCCAACGGGAAAAACUGUAAACAAAAGCAAGCAGCUGAUGAGCCGCCAAGGGUAGGAAGGCGAUGGACCUGCUGGGCCGGCUGAUAGAGGUGCAGAACGGGCUGGCGGCCCUGGUGGCCGGGCCAGGGUGUCCGCCGGCCGCGACCUGGGGCCGGCGGCUGGCCGCGCACCCGGCCGCCUUCGUGGCCUUGGUGCUGGUGCUGUGGGCCGGCGUGCACCGCGCCUUCGCCGCCUGCACGCAGGCGCUGCUGCUGCGGAUGGGCCUGACGCGGGUGCGCGCGGGCCGCGCGGCGGCCGCCGCCUGGGAGGCGGGCGCGGCCGCCGGCGCCGCGCUGCUCAGCGCCGCGCAGCUCGACGGCCGGCCGUCGGCGGCCUCUGCCGAGUGGCCGCCGGCGCACGUCGCCGCCUACGUGGCCGUGGUGGCCGCCUGCCAGGCCGAGGCGCUGUGGCGGCGGCCGGACGCGGAGGCCGCCACGCGCCUCCUCGUGCCCGUGGCCGCCCUGGCCGCCCGCUGGCCCGACCUGGGCUUCGAGUUCUGUCUGCACGCGAGCGGCGUGCAGCUGCUGCGCCAAAUUGGCCGCCUCGCGCUCAGCCUGCGCCUGCGCACCACCGCUCUCUGCUUCUUCUGCGCCUUCGCCCUCGCCUGGUGCGCGUGCUACUCUUACCUGAUGCCAGGGUGGAUGCAGAGCGUAGCCGCGGCGCCGCCGGCAGCCGACGACCUGGGGCCCGGCCUGGUCUUUCUGCUCGCCGCCCUCGUCGCCCACGCCAUCGCCGCCUUCCUCCACUCACCGGUGGCGUCGUGGGUGCGCGGCGUGGUGGGCGGGUGCUCGGUGUCCGAGUGGCUGGAGGUGAGCCUCUUCCCGAGCACCGACCUGCGGCUGAGCAGGCUGCAGCAGCGCCUCUGCCGGCCCGAAGAGCCGCGGCCGCAGCGCCACAACAAUCAGUCCGGGGCCAGGACGCUGUACCAGUUGAUGCGCUGCCGGACGCUGCUGCAGCGCAAGGCGCGCGCCAUGCGAGACCGAAAUUCACCCUCGACCACCUCCUAGCCUCGUGAGCCGCGAGGACAGAUCUCGAGAGGGACCGAAUAAGCGACGAGGAAACAGACGCUCAUCUCCCUUUCCACCAAAGAACGCUGCUCUUUGCUCGUGAUAUCUUCGUUAUUUCUAGUUCUCUGCAAUACACAAUUUAUUGUUCUUGAAAGGUGUGUGCGCAGCACACAUUCCACGAAAAAUUACUAUUCUAGAGUUUUAAGAUCAUUUUGACUUCAAGACAAAAUAAAUCAGGCAGUUUUUCGCCGUGAGACAUGGUUUUUGAACGUAUUUGAUGUGUAUUUAUUUUGUUUUUAUAAUUUAAAAAUAUUUUUGUUAUAAUAAAAAAAUUGUUACGCCUAUACCACUUGUGCUGCUAAAUUUAGAAAUUAAAAAUUUAAUAGAAUUUA